GUAAUGGUAAUGGAUGGAAGUGAUACAGAUGUAAAAUAUUAACCUCAAAAAUAAACAAGUAACUGUAUUUUUAUAAUGUUUGGAAUUUGAUUGACAAAAGAUGUUAAACUUUGUUUAGUGAUGUUUAGUAAUGUGAUCAGUUAACUCUUAGAAUUAUUUCUUGUUACAAACGAAGUAUCUUCUUCCAUUAUUUAUUAAAAUUUUGUGAAAAUGUAUGAUUCUCCUUGCUCACUUCAAGAUGUUUGUGUUGACUAUAUUUGUGAAAAUCUGGAUCAUUUAUGUGACAGAACAACCUCAGGAUCAACAUUAAAUAGAUUAGAACCAUCACCAGAGGAUAUUGACUUAGAAGAAUACAGAGUUAAUGCUAAAUUCCCCUCUGGGGUAAAACUAGUGUUCAAAGACAAUGAGGUGUUUUUACACACAGAAAUAGCUGAACAACUGUUAACAGCAUUAUGCACUAAAAGAAAAUUAAAUGAUAUUACAAUUACUCUGUUUGAUGUCAGAUCAUCUAGAUUAAGGAGGGUGUGUAUAACCGAUGCAAGUGACCUAACUCUUUGUGGAUUAAAAGUUCUGAAGGCUCACAAAAUUACAGAACUGGAAACUCAGGGACUGAAAGUUACUGUUAACGACCUCAUCAGCUGCUUGGGAGAAUGGACUCUACAGAACUUGCGUUCGCUCAACGUGGCUCAUAGUGCUUUUGCUGACGGUCCAAAGUAUUGUGUGGUGGUAGCCCUGUCCAAGCUGCAGGCUUUGCAAACUUUAAAUGUGAGCAAUACCGACUUCAACCGUCACGGACUGGAGAUUGUAGCUUCUGACCUACCACAGCUAGAACACCUAGACAUUUCUAACACCCGAGUGGAUGAUAUCACACCCCUCAAGAAGUGUAGGAAUAGGCUCAAAUCUCUCGCCAUGUAUAACCUUAAGUACAUCCUAGUGUCAUCUAAAGAAGAAGUGGUUGUAGAGAUGACAGAGCUCAGAGUCUUGGACAUGUCAGAAGAUAGAGACAAUCAUCCAUUUGAAAUGUUUGUCUCCAUGGGUUCUAAAACAAACGAGUUCUUGAGCAGGGAGAACGCACUGGAACACUUGACAUCUAUAGAUAUUUCAGGGAAGGACGAAAUAGGGCGCAAAGAGCUGAGAGGCUUUGUGAGGCGACAUCCCAACCUGAAGUUUUUGGGUCUGGUUCAUUCGGAGGCUUGUUAUGAUGAUUGCUUCAUCAACCCACGCAACCCUGAAUACAAUCCUAACCUUCAGAUUGCUGGAACCGCAACAGAGGAGCAAAUUAUUCUUGCGUUGAAACGUUACCAGGAUCGCCCACUAUAUGUACAGAAGUGUCUUUACAAUCUGUUUCGUCUGACACCGACGUUCAUCGAUACCCGUGUUGACAUCAUCAAGUUAGUGUUGCCUGGAAUGCGACAGCACCCAGAGGCAUUUGGAGUUCAGAUGGCUGCUACUGCUUGUCUAUACAAUUUAACUAAGGGUGACUUGGCAACUAGGAUACAUCCUUCUGUCUUAGCUCAGGUGGUAGAACUUUCCUUGAUUGCCAUGGAGAACUUUCCAAACCAUUACCAGCUACAGAAGAAUACUCUGUUAACACUGUGUAGUGACAGAAUCCUGCAGGAUGUACCAAUACAGAAGUACCGCUGCGCAAGACUCGUCUUAGAUUCUCUGUGCGCAUUUGAAGACCCCUCUAUGAACCGCAUGAGUGUUGCUAUCUGCAGCAUACUAGCUGCUAAGAUUUCUACGAGUGAGACAUCGCAACUGGGCUCCCGACAACAGUAUAUGCGCAAGCUGCUCAGCCUGGUUCGUGGCAAGAUGGAGACCCGAACAGUCGACAUCACCAUGAAGUUUACCCUUAGUGCUUUGUGGAACCUAACUGAUGAAUCUCCGACAACAUGUGUUGUGUUCCUGAAGGAAGGAGGGCUGGACCUGUUCCUAGGAGUGCUGGUCACUUUUCCUGGGGAAGCCACCGUCGAAACUAAGGUACUGGGACUUGUAAACAACAUAGCAGAGGUGCCUGAGCUCAGAAGCUAUCUGUUGAAGGCUGCAUUCAUUGAUCUUUUGAGGAACCUGCUUCACUCAAGUCAGAUAGAUGUGAGUUACUUUGCGGCGGGGAUCAUGGCACACCUGGCGUCACAGGGGGAGGCGGCGUGGGCGCAGAGUGGAGCGGCUAUUGGCUGGCAGGCAGCACUGGCAGAGCUGGGAGCGGUGGUAGCAGGCUGGCAGGCUCCAGACGGCGAAAUGGUGGCCUACCGCUCCUUCCACCCCUUCCUAUCACUAUUACAGUGUUUCCAAGCACCUCAGGUCCAGUUGUGGGCUGUGUGGGCAAUUCACCAUGUCUGCACGAAAAAUGCACCCAGAUACUGUCCAAUGCUGGAGACAGAUCAGGGCAGCCAACUGCUCCGUCAGAUGUACAGCCGCCCUGAUGUGGACCCCCAAGUACAGGCCAUCUGUGCUGACAUCCUUGCCCUUCUCAGGCACAACAGCUGUCCAAUGGUCUGUGAAAGCUCUCCCUGAUAUAAACACCGACUGCGUACCUCUGAUAAACUCGUGUAUAUUUCUUAGGAACAAUAAUACUGUGAGCAUAAUAACAUUAUCGAGAUAAAAUUUACUUGAUAUUUAUAAUUUAUUUUGUAAAUAUAUUGUUAAUAACUAUGUAUAUUAUAUAAAAACUGUAAAUAUAA